AUGGCAGAUGAGAGGAUACCAAACCUGGAAAACAAAUCUGUAUUGCCUCAACCUCUACCUGAGAUGAAGAACAACAACUUACCAAAAUUCAUUUUUUCUGUUAAACUGAAAUAUGUGAAACUUGGUUACCACUACUUGGUUUCCAAUGCCAUGUACCUCAUGCUCGUGCCAUUACUUUGCAUGAUAUUGGCUCAUCUUUCAACCUUCACAGUUGAUGAGAUUUGGAAUCAACUCAUAUUCAAUUUCGUGAUUGUAGUUCUUUCCUCAACCUCAAUUGUUUUUACUGCUACACUUUACUUCAUAAGCCGUCCAAGAAAAGUUUACUUGGUGGAAUUUUCAUGUUACAAGCCUGGACCAGCUCAUAAAGCAACUAGAGAGCUCUUCAUGCAGUUAUCUUCAGCGUCCGAGGUUUUCACAGAGCAAAGCUUAGCCUUUCAAAAGAAAAUCCUGGAGAAAUCAGGAUUUGGUGAAAUGACGUAUGCUCCAAAAGGCUUGAUGCAUGUCCCACCAGACCAGUCUAUGGCUGAGUCGUGGAGGGAGUCAGAGAUGGUGAUGUUGGGAGCAAUUGACGAUCUCUUGGCCAAAACAAGGGUGAAGCCCGGAGACAUAGGAAUACUUGUAGUGAAUAGCAGUUUGUUCAAUCCCACGCCGUCUCUCUCAGCUAUGAUUGUGAAUCACUACAAGCUUAGAGAGAAAAUUUUGAGCUAUAAUCUUGGUGGUAUGGGCUGCAGUGCAGGACUUAUUUCUAUUGAUCUUGCCAAAGACCUUUUGCAGGUGCAUCCCAACUCCUAUGCCCUAGUGGUGAGUACCGAGAACAUUACACGCAACUGGUAUUUUGGCAAUGACCGAUCGAUGCUUGUCACCAACUGCCUCUUCCGUCUGGGAGCAGCCGCGGUCCUCCUAUCCAAUCGGACUUUUGAUCGUCGGCGCUCAAAGUAUCAACUUAUUCAUACUGUACGCACGCAUAAAGGUGCAGAUGACAAGUCCUUCAACUGUGUCUUGCAACGAGCCGAUCCUGACACCAAAAACGUUGGCGUCUCUCUCUCUAAAGACUUGAUGGCUGUAGCUGGAGAAGCCCUUAAAACCAAUAUUACUACACUAGGGCCAUUAGUCCUUCCCAUGUCUGAGCAACUCCUAUUUUUUGCAACUUUGCUGGGAAGAAAAAUCUUCAAAAUGAAGAUAAAGGCGCCAUAUAUUCCUGAUUUCAAGUUGGCGUUUGAGCACUUCUGCAUUCAUGCUGGAGGAAGAGGUGUGUUGGAUGAGCUUGAGAAAAAUCUUGAGCUCACUGAAUGGCAUAUGGAGCCAUCAAGAAUGACUCUUUAUAGGUUUGGAAAUACAUCUAGUAGUUCUUUGUGGUAUGAAUUGGCUUACUCUGAGGCUAAGGGAAGGAUCAAGAAGGGGGACAGAGUUUGGCAAAUAGGAUUUGGUUCAGGAUUUAAGUGCAACAGUGCCGUGUGGCGUGCUAUAAGAACUAUCAAUCCGGCCAAAGAAAAGAAUCCUUGGAUGGAUGAGAUUGAUGAGUUUCCUGUUCGUGUGGCCAAAGUUGCACCCAUUGUUUCCUAA